AUGUUCCACAUUUACAACAUCUACGCGCUCGCCGCCUUUGGCACCAUCGGCGGUAUGCUUUUCGGUUUCGAUAUCAGUUCCAUGAGUGCGUGGAUUGGCGCCGACUCCUAUAAAGAAUAUUUCGGGCAUCCGAGUUCGACCCUUCAGGGCGGCAUAACGGCCUCCAUGUCCGGCGGCUCCCUUGUCGGUGCUCUAGUCGCUGGUUUCCUGGCUGAUUCAUACGGCCGUCGCGGCGCUCUCAAGCUCGCCUCUGUCAUUUGGAUCAUCGGUGCUGUUCUCCAAUGCUCCUCUCAGAAUGUCGCCCACCUCAUUGUCGGUCGCGUUGUCUCUGGUCUGGCCAUUGGUAUCACAAGUUCCCAGUGCUGCGUCUACCUCGCUGAAUUGGCUCCCUCCCGCAUCCGUGGGCGCAUCGUCGGGAUUCAGCAAUGGUCGAUCGAAUGGGGCAUUCUUAUCAUGUACCUUAUCUCUUACGGCUGUAUUGUCAGUAUCCCCAACGAUCCCAAGGCAUUCCGCAUCGCCUGGGGUAUUCAGGGCAUUCCUGGUCUCAUCCUCGGAAUCGCUCUUCUCUUCUUCCCUGAGUCGCCGCGUUGGCUAGGCCAGAAGGAUCGGUGGGAGGAGUGCCACGAGGUCCUUGCCCAUCUUCACGCUGGUGGUGACCGCGAAGCCCCUAUUGUUCUUGCCGAGCUCGAUGAAGUUAGGGAGGCUGCCCGCAUUGCCGCCGAGUCCAAGAAUGUUACUUUCUUUGGUCUUUUUGGACCGCGUGUCUGGAAGCGCACACUCGCCGGAUGCAGUGUUCAAGAAACCAUCCUCAAGAUAUCCAGCCCGAAGCAAUCGAAUCUCCCUAGUGGGCAGGUCCCAACCACGACUGAGGAGAACGGCUCGCCUGCGGUAUCGACAUACGUCCAUGGAACCGAAGGAACCGAAGCCAAUGACACCAAUCCGACUACAGAUAAUACCGCUCCUUCGGGUCGCUCCCGCAACAUAUCUGCAGCUCCAUUCAGCAGCUCAAAGACCAACAAGGAACGGGCAACCGCUACGCAGGCUACGUCUUCAACCGCUAUGUUAGUUAACAAGCCGGACGAUAAGUCCGAGGUCGAACACAGCGAUGGCCAUAACGACAAGGAUAAGAGCGACGAGGACGAUAAUACCAAUAAAGACGACGGGGAGUAUAUCGAAAAUAAUAAUAAUACGGAGUUUAUAGAGGAGUAG